GACGGAAGCGGAAGUGAGCGCGGUGUUGCGCGGGGCUUCGCGGUGGUGCGCAGUGUUCCGUAAUUGUGCGCUGGUCCGAGGGUGGGCCCCGUGCCUGCGGCACCGCCGCCAUGGGGGAGGACGGGGACUUGGUCCCCGAGCGGGAGAUGAAGGAUUUUCAGUUCAGAGCUCUGAAGAAGGUCCGCAUCUUUGAUCCUCCUGAUGAUCUUCCCAAAGAGCGGUCCAGCCUCCUUGUAGUGUCUAACAAAUAUGGCCUGGUCUUUGCUGGUGGAGGAACCAGCCUGCAGAUCUUUCACACUAGAGAUCUUCUCAUGCAAAAUCAGCUUGGAGAAGAUCCCAAUAACAUUGUGGAGAAUGUGCAGGGUACCUCGGUUCCCAUGAAGUUUCCAGUGCAGCACUUGGCGCUAAGCUGUGAUAAUCUCACGCUGUCUGUCUGUAUGAUGUCCAGUGACAUUGGUUCCUUCAUUGGCUUUUUUGAUGUCCGCACAUUCUUUAAUCAGGCAAAACAGCAGAAGCGUAUGUUUGCUUAUCACAAGCUGGCCAAGGACUCAGGAAAUGCAGCAAUGGUCAAUGACCUGAAGUGGAACCCCGCUAGUCCCACCAUGGUGGCUGUCUGUCUGUCCGAUGGCAGCAUCUCUGUCCUGCAGGUCACAGACUCUGUGAAAGUGUAUGCCACAUUGCCUCCCUCAGUAGCUGUUACCUCUGUGUGUUGGAGCCCAAAGGGAAAACAACUGGCUGUAGGGAGGCAAAAUGGCACUGUGGUGCAGUAUCUGCCUAAUCUGCAAGAGAAGAAAGUAAUCCCUUAUCCUCCCUUUUAUCAGGCAGACAAUCCUGUUAAAGUUUUGGAUGUGCUGUGGAUUGGCACAUAUGUCUUUGCUAUUGUAUAUGCAGCUGCUGAUGGGACGCUGGAAACACCCCCAGAAGUGGUUGUGGCAAUAUUGCCUAAAAAGGAAGAGAAGCGACCAGAGAAGUUUGUGAAUUUCAUGGAGCCUUGUUAUGGAAGCUGUGCUGAAAGACAACAUCAUUACUACCUCAACUAUGUUGAGGAAUGGGAUCUAAUUCUGGCAGCUUCAGCUGCUUCCACAGAAGUCAGCAUUCUUGCCAGGCAAGGAGAUCAGAACUGGGAAUCAUGGAUUUUGGAGGACUCCAGCAGAGCAGAACUUCCUGUGACAGAUAAAAGUGAUGAUACUUUGCCUGUUGGUGUUGCUGUAGACUACACCAAUAACAUGCCUAUCCCGAUCAGUGAUGAGAAGACCCUUCCUCCAGCACCAGUUCUCAUCUUGCUCUCUACGGAUGGUGUGCUCUGCCCAUUUUACAUGAUCAAUCAAAAUCCAGGAGUCAGAUCGCUUCUUGUGACCCCAGAGCCAUUGCCAGCAGCAGGGGAGAGAGCACCAAAAUCACCAGGAAGUACUGUCACAGCUCCGACCACUCCGCCAACUUCUUUAAAGCCUGAUGCAGUACCAGCUGUUGCUCCUGCCCCAAGUCAGCCUCCUGCAGGAGAUGGAGCAGCUGCUUUUUCCUUUACACCUUCAACUGCAAAGGUGCCUAGCUCUACAGGCAGUGAACUUCCACCUUACCCCUUUGCCACCGAUACCUCCAAGCAAGUCCUGGCUCCAAGUCUUACAGGAGCAGCAACAUUCUCUUUCUCCUCUGCUUCUCCUAAGGCAUCCAUAACACCAGCUCCUUCUGUGGGCACUACUGCAGCCACUGCCACAUCCUUCUCCUUUGGAUCCAUUAACUUGAAACCAUCUGCAGAAAGUUCACCUGGACUGCCACACUCCACAGCUCCUGCUGCACAGAAGUCAUCUUUUGUCCCUUCGGCUUCUUCAGUUAAAGUGAAUCUCAAUGAGAAGUUCACUGCUGUAGAUACUUCAUCUCCGACUACCAGCAGCGGUCCUACCAGUUCCACAAUGUUUUCAUUCUCAACCACUUCAAAAACUGUUUCUGGAGGUCCUCUGAGUCAGCCUGUGACUCUCUCAGCCUCUCCUACCACACCACUGAAGACUUCAACCCCUGCACCUGCUGCAAUGGCGCGUCCUGCUCAAAACGUGCCUGCAGCUUCCUUACUACAGAAGACAGCCAAAACCACCCCUUCUGCAGCAAAACCAGGCUCUACUCAGGGCAAAUCAGCACUCUCCAGUGCUGCUUUAGACAAACCUGCCCACCAGUGGAAGGAUUCAGACCCUGUCAUCGCAGGAAUCAGAGAGGAGAUUGCACAUUUUCAAAAGGAAAUGGAGGAGCUGAAGGCCCGGACUUCCAAAGCCUGUUUCCAAGUGGGUACUCCAGAGGAAAUGAAAACGUUGCGAACUGAGUCAGAUGAUCUCCACACCUUCCUCUUGGAAAUUAAAGAAACAACCGAGUCGCUGCAUGGAGAUAUUAGUACUCUGAAGACAACCUUGCUGGAAGGAUUUGCAGGGGUAGAAGAGGCUAGAGAACAGAAUGAGCGGAAUCAUAGCUUGGGGUAUUUGCACUUACUUUAUAAGAAACCUUUGGAUCCCAAGAGUGAAGCACAACUUCAGGAGAUUCGACGCCUGCACCAGUAUGUAAAGUUUGCUGUUCAGGAUGUGAAUGAUGUUCUGGAUUUGGAAUGGGAUCGGCACCUGGAACAGGAGAGAAAGCAGAAGCGUCUGAUUGUUCCUGAACGAGAGACUUUGUUUAACACCCUUGCUAAUAACCGGGAAAUAAUCAAUCAGCAGAAGAAGAGACUAAAUCAGUUGGUGAACAGCCUACAGCAGCUCCGACUCUAUAAUCAAACAUCUCAGUGGAGUGUUCCCAGUGAUACAUCCUCUCCUAGCAGUACUCAAAGUUUUGAUAGUGACCUUGAAAGCCUGCGCAGUGCCUUGAUGAAAACUACCUUGGAAUCACGUGCCAAACCCCCACCUAAAGCACCUGCUAAGUUGUCCCCUGUGAAGCUGACACAGUUGAGGAAUUUUCUAGCCAAGAGGAAGACUCCACCAGUUAGGUCUAUGGCUCCAGCAAGUUUGUCCCGAUCUGCCUUCUUGUCCACAAGAUACUAUGAAGACUUGGAUGAAGUCAGUUCAACAUCCUCAGUUUCUCAGUCUCUGGAGAAUGAGGAUCUGCAGGCAGCGGACCAGGAAGAGGAGGCUGCUCCCAUCCAAGUCCCUCGUCAUGCCCCUGUGGUCCGCACUCCGUCUAUCCAGCCUGGUUUGGUGGCUCAGCCUCCAUCCUUUGGGAAACAACACCCCUCCUUGGGCACUCUAUUGCCUACAUCUUCGAACAGAAUCAUCCCACAAGGGGCAGACAGCACAAUGCUUGCAACAAAGACUGUGAAACAUGGGGCCCCUGCUCCCACCGUCACUGUUCCAGCACCCCAGGCAGCUGCAGCGGCAGCCCUGCGGAGGCAGAUGGCCACCCAGUCCCCAGCUGUGAGCACCUCCUUGACUGAAUCAACUCUGAAGAACGUUCCUCAGGUGGUGAAUGUGCGAGAACUCAAGACUGGUGCGUUGACUCCAGCUGUCUCUACAGUAAUAGGGUCAUCAGUUCCUCACUCUGCAGCCCAGGCAGUCCACCAAGUUCUGGCAAGUGUUGCUACAAAUCAGGCUAAGCAGACACCUCAAACAAGCUCACUUAAAGGACAGGCUCCACCUUCUUCUGUAUCUGCAUCUUGUCCUGUGGCAUCUACACCUGGUCCCACAUCAUCUGGCAACAAAAUCUCAGGACAAGGGACAGCAAAAACCGUUACAGCUGUGACCUCUACAGUGGCGUCAGUACCAGCAACAUCUGCACAGCCUAACAAGGCUUUCUCAUUUUCUUCUGUGGGGUCUGGGUUUAAUUUUGGUGUUGUCACGUCGGCUGCUUCAUCACCGACACUGCCCAGCCUUGCUGCCUCACAAGCCCCUGCUAAGGAGUCCACUCAACCUGAUUCAUUUUCGCUUGCUGGGGGUUCCAAAUUUGGAGCAGUCCCUGAGAGCUCCUUUGCUUUUGGCUCCCUCAAGCCAGCAAGUGCUUCUGGAGCCGCAGUAGCAAAUAGCUCUUCAGCAGAUGGCACUCAGUCAAACAAACCUGCUGCAACAAUGUCUUCUGCUCCAUCCACAGCCUCUGGCAAAUUAGAUAUCCCUCAGUCUAAGCCAGGGGACACCUUGUUUCUGAGCAGUCUGUCUGGGGAAACUCUCGGGAGCUUCUCAGGACUGCGUGUUGGUCAAGCAGAUGAUAAUGCCAAAACCACCACUAAAACACCAUCUACCAGUGCUGCAGGAGCACAGUCAACUAAAGCAUCUACAUCACCUUCUGGGUUUGUCUUUGGUAGCCCCCUGAUGUUAGGAAAAGCUGGAGAAGCUACUUCAACAUCAGUCACGUCAGCUGGCACGGCACCCACCUCCAUCAGCACCAGUGCCACAGGCAGUCUCUUUGGCAAUGUUCAGAUAACCAACACAGGCUCUCCUGGAGUAUUUAAUCUCGCAGGCUCUAGUGGAAACAAACUCAACUUUUCUUUUGGUAUUCAGCAAGCAAGCAGCAUGAGCACGUCCACUUCUGCCCCUUCUGCUCUCCCUGCUUCAACAUCUCUCUCGUUCGGGAAUCUCUUGAGUCCGUCACAAACUGCUGCCCCGGCUGCAAGUUCUAUUAAAGGUGGAGGAGAUGCCAAACUGCUGUCUGCUUCAGAAAAGACAGCUGAAAAUGAAGCACCUGAGUCUUCACCUCCAACAACGCAGACUCCACAGCCACAGAUACAGCUUUCAGAGCCCGUUAAAGAGCCCCCUGCAUCCCAGACAGCAGCUGGGGACACCAGCACCGUGGGCUCCAGUACUGCAUCAGUAGCACCUCCCCCUGAUGCCAUUGCUACUCCUGCUUCCACAAGUGAGCUGAAGGCACCAGUGCCUCCUGCUGCCUCAGCCUCUGUCCCACAGGAUCAGAGCAUCUCAGAGGCGGCCUCUGCAACAACCAUUGCCUCUCCAGCAGAAGCAGCGAGCACACUGACUGCUGCCGCUGGUGUUCCUACAUGUGUUCAGAGUCCAGCUGUUGGUGCCUCGGUGUUUGUCGCCACCUCUGCAGGCUCCUCAGUGUUCUCUCAGCCUCCAAAUUCCAGCUCUUCUGGCUCAGCAUUUAGCCAGCCUGCAGGUGAUACAACUGCCACUCCUUCCACACCAUCUGUUUUUGGCCAACUGCCUGCAGGUACCACAGCAUCAGCUCCAUUUGGACAACCCACCACUGCCACCGUGACCACACCGACUGCCAGCACAGGGUUUGGUACUUCUGCAUUUGGCACCACCACGACUGGGGGCUUUGGUCAGCCAGCCUUUGGCCAAGCACCGACCUUUGGGCAGCCAGCAAGCAGUUCUUCAAGUGGUUUUACCUUCAACCAGUCUGGAUUUGGGACAGUGCCUGCCUUUGGCCAGCCAGCAGCUUCCACUGCAGCCUCAAGCAGCGGCAAUGUAUUUGGAGCAUCUUCUAGCACCAACAGUGCAAGCUCCUUCUCCUUCGGACAGCCAUCUGCCAGCACUGGGGGCGGGAUGUUUGGUCAAAGCAACACUCUCGUGUUUGGGCAGAGCAGCAGCUUUGGGCAAGGGGGAUCUGUCUUUGGUAACACCGCCGCUGUUACUACCACUACGUCAUCUGCUGGGUUCAGCUUCUGCCAGGCCUCAGGUUUUGGUUCUAGCAACACAGGUUCUGUGUUUGGGCAAGCAGCAAAUACUGGAGGCAUUGUCUUUGGGCAGCAGUCGUCAUCUUCCACUGGAGGCCUCUUUGGAUCUGGAAGUGGUGGGAGAGGUGGAGGCUUCUUCACUGGUUUGGGAGGAAAACCAAGUCAGGAUGCAGCCAAUAAGAAUCCUUUUGGUUCCUCCAGUGGAGGAUUUGGAUCGGCAGCUUCCCAGAAUUCUUCUAGCUUAUUUGGGAACAGUGGAGCCAAGGCCUUUGGAUUUGGCAACUCAUCUUUUGGAGACCAGAAACCCACAGGCACUUUCAGCUCUGGUGGUGGCAGUGUGGCAUCUCAAGGCUUUGGGUUCUCUAGUCCAACCAAAGCAGGUGGCUUCGGUGCUGCUCCAGUGUUUGGCAGCCCUCCCACUUUUGGGGGAUCCCCUGGGUUUGGAGGGGUGCCAGCAUUCGGUUCAGCCCCAACCUUUUCAAGCCCUCUGGGCUCGACGGGAGGCAAAGUGUUCGGCGAGGGUACAGCUGCAGCCAGCGCCGGAGGAUUUGGGUUUGGUGGUACCAGUAACAACACAGCAUCAUUUAGCACGCUAGCAAAUCAGAAUACCCCGACGUUUGGAUCGCUGUCACAGCAGGGUACUGGUUUUGGCACACAGAACAGUGGAUUCUCUGCUUUCGGGACAGUUGGAGGAGGGUUUGGUUUUGGAUCAACUAACACAUCUUCCUCUGGAUUUAGCGGAUGGAGAAGCUGAGAACAUCCUGAGCUCUCCUGGAGAACUGUGCUGCAGCUCCUACGUUCAUGAGUCACCUGUGUGAUCAAUAUCCAAACAGCUUUUCAUUUAAAUACAAAAUGUCAGACUUUUUUUUUUCCCUUAAAUAUCCUUAUUUUUAUGCAGCAACUGUCCUUGCUCUGUAUUAAACAAUUUUAUCUGUCUUUA